GUUCCCCCUGCAGCCCCGGACCGUCCGCAGCUCCGCGCCGCGCACCGCGCUGCUGACUCUGCACGAGGAAAUCACCAGGGAAGUGUAAAGAAGGCGUUUUCCCCCCUCUCUCUUCCCUCUUCCCCGUUUUUCAUCAAGGUAGGACAAGCAGCAACAGCCCAGCUCCUGUUUGUCUGUGAUUCCUGCUUGAUUUCUUCACUUUGCGGGUUUGAACCGACGCGAGGCGCAGCGCUCCGCUCCGGGACACCGACGCGUAUCCAACCGACGCGCAAAGCAGCCGCGACUCCUGCGAUCCUGCUGGGUUCAAAACCAAAAACAAAACGCCCCCAAAGAGCGACUGUGUGCUUGAGGUGAAUAAACCUCGUCAGAAACAUCGACGCAGAGUUGGUGAAAGAAGAACCGAAGCGCGGCUCCUGAUUUCAGAAGCGACUGGAAGAGGGAGAAAGUUCCCCCACUUGAGGGCGAAAUCUGACUUUUUUCAGGACGACGAGUCUCCAAACGUCCCAGGAGCCCCGAGGUCUGCAGAUACAACAUGCAGAAAUGUCCAAGGAGGCAGAGUUGGAUGUGAGAAGCAGCGAGUGCGACCCAGUCCCAGCAGAGCCCAAAGAUCCGGAGUCGCCCAGGCCGCCCCCUCCUCCUCCUCCUCCUCCGGGUCAGGUUAACCAACCCACCGGCGGUCAGAGCAUCCCGUCCAGCAGCAGGACUCACCCCAGCCUCAGCAGCAGCAGCAGCAGCGGCGGUGGUGGUGGUGUUGGUGGUCAGGGUGGUGUUAGCAUUGUUAGCAGUGCUGAGGGAGCAGGCAGCUCCAUGCAGUUCAGCACCAGACCGCCUAGCGCCGAGCAGCCGGGCUUCAUGGGGACAUGGCAGCAGCAGAGCACUGACAGCAACCUCCUCUACAGAAUGUCCCAGCAGGGUGCAGUAACGCGGCUUCCUUUGAAGGGCGACAGGUCGACAAUGGGCCGAGACCUGGAAGAGGCCAUUCGGUGCACACUGGUGAACUGCACAUGCGAGUGUUUCCAGCCUGGAAAGAUUCACCUGCGGACAUGUGACCAGUGCAAGCACGGCUGGGUAGCUCAUGCCCUGGACAAACUCAGCACCCAGCACCUGUACCACCCGACUCAGGUGGAGAUCGUCCAGUCCAACGUGGUGUUUGACAUCAGCAGCCUGAUGCUGUACGGCACCCAGGCGGUUCCCGUCAGGCUCAAGAUCCUGCUGGACCGUCUGUUCUCCGUGCUCAAGCAGGAGGAGGUCCUGCACAUCCUGCACGGCCUGGGCUGGACCCUCAGAGACUACGUCAGGGGCUACAUACUGCAGGAUGCUGCAGGCAAGGUUUUGGACCGCUGGACCAUCAUGUCCCGUGAAGAAGAGAUCAUCACCCUGCAGCAGUUUCUGCGCUUUGGUGAGACCAAGUCCAUCGUGGAGCUGAUGGCUAUUCAGGAGAAAGAAGGUCAGGCGGUCACAGUUCCCUCGUCAAAGACAGACUCUGGGAUUAGGACGUUCAUCGAAAGUAAUAACAGAACCCGCAGCCCGGGGCUCUUGACACAUCUGGAGAACAGUAGCCCCUCCAGCAUUCAUCACUUUGAGAAUAUCCCCAACAGCCUAGCCUUCCUCUUACCGUUCCAGUAUAUCAACCCAGUCUCUGCCCCCAUGCUCGGCUUGCCCCCUAAUGGCCUCCCAAUGGAGCAGUCUGCCCUUCGGCUUCGGGAGCCCAGCCUCCCAAACCAAGGAGAGCAGGUGGAGACCAGCGAGUCAGAGGUGUCCCUAUCGCCCUUCCGCACAGGUCAGAGCCCAAGUCGCGGAGUGCUGGGACCCAUCAACAGCACUGAACCCAAGACAGAACCCAACAACUGUGCAUCGCCCAUCUCCCCAACCCCGUCCACCCAGCAAGCUCAGCAGCAGUCGUCCCUUCAGCAGCAGCAGCAGCAACCGCAGCAGGGCCAACAGCAGACCCAAAGCCAGUCUCAGCAACACAACAGUCUGGGCGAUCAUCCGGUGCAUCACCACUUCGUCAAGGAUGAGCCUUCGAAAUCCAUCAGCCAUCCUUCAUUCUCUUCCAAGAUGCAUCGCAUACGCCGCAUGGGAGCCACCUCACGCAAGGGUCGCGUGUGCUGCAACGCGUGUGGAAAGACCUUUUAUGACAAAGGCACACUUAAGAUACACUAUAAUGCCGUACACUUGAAGAUUAAACACCGCUGCACCAUCGAGGGAUGCAACAUGGUCUUCAGCUCCCUGCGCAGCCGCAACCGCCACAGUGCCAAUCCCAACCCACGGUUGCACAUGCCUAUGCUGCGCAACAACCGCGACAAGGACCUUAUCCGUGCCAAUUCCACCACAGGUACGCCUGUCAUCUCGAGCAGCAAGAACGGUAGCUUCACACUCACCAGUCCCGGGAGGCCACCGCUGGGUUUUACGACUCCCCCUGUAGACCCGAUGCUUCAGUCCCCGCUGCAGAGUCCGCUGGUGUUCCCUUCACUGAAAUCAGUGCAGCCAGUCCAACCAGUGCCCCCGUUCUACCGAACACUCGUGUCUCCAGCAGACCUCGUCAGCCCUCCAGUGUCACUGCCAACCAGCCCCAUAAUGCCCACUACUACCAACAGCACCACCCUGAUGGACCAGCAGCAGCAGAUCUUGGCUGCUGUUGUCUCGCAUAACAAUAUUCAUGUGUCAGAGGCAAGUCCAAUGUCCCACCGGCUGUCCACUGGUGGCAGUCAGGACCUCACCACAAACAGUGACCCCACACCCAAGAAGAAACCUCGUAAAUCGAGCAUGCCAGUGAAGAUUGAGAAGGAAGUGAUUGAUGUGGCAGAUGACUUUGAGGACAAAGAUGAGGAUGACGAUGACACUAUCCACCAUAAUCACCAGGCCAGUCUUCUUCACAACAAUAUUAAAAUCAACGGCAACUGCAACAGCAACAACAAUGGCGCAGGUGGAACUGGCCACCACAGCGGCGGCAGUGGCCAGCAGUCGCCCUCCCAGGAUGAGAUGAGCCCUGGCCUGGCCCUUAGGGGGAUGAUGAGGCAAAGCGAGGACGAAUGUAGGGAAGGGACUGGCAGCGACAGCAGAGGCGGCGCUUCAGAGCUGCGUUGUAUGGACAGCUUUACGUCAGAAGAUCAGGAUCACGAGAGAGACUUUGAAAACGAGUCUGAAACCUCAGACUCCAAGAUGUUCUACCGCGAUGACCUGAUGGAUGGAGAGAAACAUCAAAAGCACGGCAGAGGAGGAAGAGGCCUGGACAAGGAGCAUGAAAACGAGCCCCACGAGGACGAACACUUGAGAAAAGACAUCGAGGGAAACGGUCAUUCCUCACCGUCUCCUCACGGGCCUCCGAUCAAGAUCAAAGAAGAGCUCAACGAUCCGACUUACGACAUGUUUUGCAUGAGUCAGUACGGCCUCUACAACGGGGGCAUGGCGGCAGCCGCCGCCGCCGCCGCCAGCAUGGCCGCUCUGCACGAGAGCUUCAUUUCCUCCAUGGGGUACGGCGCGAGUCCACCCAAAUUUCCCACAUCUCAGUCACCCGAAGGAGACCCAUGCUCCAGCCCUGACCCCAAGAUCUGCUACGUCUGUAAGAAGAGCUUCAAGAGCUCCUAUAGCAUGAAACUGCACUACAAGAACGUGCACCUGAAAGAGAUGCAUGUGUGCACAGUGGCUGGCUGCAAUGCUGCUUUCCCCUCCCGACGGAGCAGAGACAGGCACAGCUCGAACAUCAACCUGCACCGCAAACUGCUGACCAAAGAGCUGGACGACAUUGUCCUCGACCCUCAACUCACGCCACUGCCCAAGGACCUGCGAGCCGAGUUUCUGGCCAAGCUCUACGCCGGGCACCACAUGGGUUUGGACCCGAUGGCCAGGAUGGGCUUCCGGGGCGCCGCCCUCGGCCUCCCUGGCCUGACCCAUAACCCCCUCUCCCACAUGAGCAACGAAUACCCCCGCCAUCCCUUCAACCACGACCUUAGAAACCACCACACCAACGGCCUGUUCCGGGGCCAGCCGGACGACUACAUGGUGCUGGACCUGAGCACCACCUCCAGUGUUCAGUCCAGCAGCAGCAUCCACUCCUCACACGAGUCCGAAGACGGCAGCGACGAAGGCAUCCUCCUGGAUGACCUGGAAGAGGAUGAGGGCAACAGCGAGGGAGAGGACCUCUCCCGGCGGGCGGAAGGCGGACAUCGGGAUGAGACCGGAGUACUCAAAGGAGGACAAGAUGAGGAGCUGGACUCGUCCUCGUCGCCGUUCCUUCUUUCGUCCACAGGGGGCAGUAAUGGCAGCAGCGGUGGGAUCCUCUGUAACAUCUGCCACAAGGUUUACAGCAACAAAGGGACCCUGCGCGUGCACUACAAGACUGUGCACCUGCGCGAGAUGCACAAGUGCAAAAUCCCCGGCUGCAACAUGGUGUUCAGCUCCGUGCGCAGCCGCAACCGACACUCUCAGAACCCGAAUCUCCAUAAAAACAUGCCCUUCUCUACCAUCCUAGACUAAACGACGUCCCUCCUGUCUCCUCUGCUCCUUCAUUCCUCCUCCGUCGAGUACAAGCUGUAAGCCCCGUCCUUUGUAAGUCACUGCAAGACAUUACUCUCUCCAUGUAUAAAAUGAUUGACUCUAGAUGAAGUUUAUCAUUGUGUCCUUUGACUUUUCCUUCUUUGGAAGAACAGGAUGACGCCAAUCGGCUCGGAGUUUACUUUAUAGCAAAGCUCCAGGUGAUUUUACUCAUUAGCCCCUCCGUCUGUUUUUGUUUCGAUCUUCUACUCUUUGUGUUUACGUCUACGUCCAAAGAAUCUGUUCAAACUCUUUAUUUGUGACUUUGCCUGCGGAAACAGUAGUUCUGAGAAAAAAAGAGAAAAACUUCUUGUUGUAUUUGUGUAUCGAUAACUUUUAAAUGGACCCCUUACAAAGCAUGACAGCUCCAUUUGUAAAUAACGUCCCAAGAGGCUUUUUUGGUGUAAGAGUUGUGUUGAUGGUUGUUUGCUUCCUUUUCCUCUCUUUUUAUUGGAUUUAUGUUACAGUACAGUACGAUACUUCCAUCUAUAGGCAAGAAAGAGGUAGCAUCCCUAAAGACGACUCAUUUUCGUUGGUUUGAAUCUGAUUCAUGGGGGAAAAUAAACAGGAUCAUGUGAAUUGUUUUAACUGCUUGUUGGAUAUUCAGAGGUUGCCGGCAUGCUUCUUUUAGGCUCUUACACUGAUAUCAUUCUCUGUAUUUCUGUUUUUUAAUUUCUUUUCUGUUUUUGCACUUUGCAUCUAUACAAGGGGGAAUGUGUAAUAAUUAAUGAGGAUUUCUGCAAUGGUGAAUUAAAGUGGGGGUCCACGGCGGCUUCGUUGCCGAUGAAGCAAUAGAACCUUCAAACGCUUUCUUUCUGCAUGCGCUCAGAUUCAGAGCCUCUGAAAAAAACCUGAAAUGUUUCCCAACUCUUUUAUGACCUAGUCAAAGUAAACACAGAAUAAGGCCUAGUCCACACGUACUUCAGGGAAAACAAAUUGCCUUUCAUCCACACAAAAACUCAGUUUUAUCAUCACUAAAAAUGAUUAUUAAUGUAAACUCCAACCAAACUGGAGCUUUGAGGAAACUCUAUUUGUGUUUGCAUGUUUUGUUCACUGAAGUGAAUCACCGAAUUCUGCAGCACAUCUAGAUGUUAAGGUUGUCAAAGUCAAGCUAGCAUAGCUGACCUACUUCCCUCUAACCUUUCCUAACCUGUGAAAUGUGACACACUUGGAUCUUGUCUUGUUGUCUUAGUGUUGGCAAUUAGUAGAAAAAACUGCGUCCUUUUUUCUCUUACCUAUCAGUCGUACGGUGAAGAUUUAGCGCGUUGUGUUGACAACUUGACGGCUAAAUGCAACGAUGGUCAUACAUGUAUUUGUACCUCCAGGCGCCAUGUUUAACUCCUGACAGGAAGUCACAGUUGUUUUGAAGUGAUCUGAAUGGCUGAAUGUAGGUGUGAGCUUUGCGCUGUACUGCCCCCUAUGGGUUUGGCGUGUUAAAAGCAACAAUGAGGAACGGAUUUGUUUGAGUUUAUGUGGAUGAAAACUUUUCUGAAAUCGAUUCCAUGUGUACAAUAUUUGUUUUCAUAAGUACCGUAUGUACAAGGCCUAAAUCUAUAUUAUAAACAAAAAAUGUUAAUAGGUUGAGUAUUUUAAGAAAUAAUUGGUGUUUUUACAAACAUCCGCAGAUUGAAAUGAAAGAAAAAUCUUCCAAUGUGACCAAAAUGCCUGAGUUUGCUUAAGAAAAAGCUCUUUCAACAAGACAUUGUCUUUAAAAUCACGCACCAUUUAAUCAAUACGAUGCACUUGAGUCUUAAAACGUUAACUGUGAUUUUUUGUUUUGUUUUGUUUUUUCCACCGCUGAGCUCCACCUUCACAUAUAUUCUGCAAAUGUUGUUUUCCUUCUUUUGGUUGCAAAGAGCCCCUCACGGUACACAGAUUUUAAUUAGUUGGAGAAAGCAGCCAAAGGAAAGGGUAUUUAUUAGUGGGUGAUAUAUGUUGUCCAGUGAAAGGUUUUUAUUUUUUUGUAAAAAAAAAAAAAAAAUCACUUGUUUCUCUGUAAGGAGAUCUACUCUUACUCGACUGGUGCUAACACACGGUGGUGGGAAAGGAGCGCAGUGCUGUACAGUAUAAACACCACCUUACAUCCACUUCCUCUUCUUUCAGCCGCGCUGCUGCAGACGUCGUGACCCGUUCGCCUCAAACCUCUCAUGCGUUUUUUUAAGACUCCGCCUACAGGAGGCGCCCGGUCUUCCUGCGCCUCCUGUCUCUGAGAUAAAGAGGAGCUGAGGUUGAUGGAAAGGUUGCGGAGGUGGAAGGCUGACUAGGGAGGAAAGGAUGACAGCAGCGAUCAUUAAAAAUGUGCUGCUUCCCUGUUACCUGGAGGCAUCCCGCCAUUCCAGCUUCUUCCGUCUAAUAACUCACUUGUCACUUUGUUACACUGCCAGACGUCAAGGUUGCUGACAAGACUGUGACACUGACAGAGGGAGAAAAGCCAGGGAUGAGAGCGUGCUCCAAACAAUUUAAUUUGACUCACUCAAUUAAGCUGAAUUCAGUUCAUCUCUUCAUUUUCUGUGCUUAUUCUCCUUCAGGGUUGGCAGUAAUUUAUUUCAGUACUUUUUCUCUUUUUUUCGUCUUUGUCUCUUUGUCUGUCAGAGCAGUCAUUUACCGGUUCCUUCAUCCUGCUACUCACUUACCACCUCCACACGCCGCAACGCAGAUCCUACAGGGACACGCGCUAAUAGUGUAUGCUUAAGUUCACCGGACGGCCAUGGCAUAGCAAAGAGGGAUGGGUAAUUGCCUGUUUAUCCCAAGUGAAGGGAAAAUUGAGUACAGGAACCCCUGCCUUCUCCCUGGAGUGAGCUUCAGCGAGGCGCUCGCUGCCUCUUCGCUCAUCGAAUCGCUCCAGCAGAAAUAAAAAAAGUGCUUCUGCAGGAACCCUGCUGACAGCUGUCUCUCCAGCACAGAAACAUCCAGAGUGGUACACGCUGGAGAGCGGCGUCCCGAGAUGAUACCCUAACCUGUAGUUAGAGGAAAGACAAAUGUUCUGUUCAUUUCUUUUAGUAGCAACGUCACACCAGGAAGCUGAUACUCGCUCACAAAGGAAAGAAAUCAUACAUCUUACUUUAAUACUAGAUAUUUGUCAUAAAUUGUUUUUGGGUUGGUGACAUCUGAAUGCAUUUUUCCUAAGGAGAAGAAUCCAUUAUAAAAAGCAAAAUAACUUUGAGUCAGGUUGCAUUUCAAAGAAAAAGAAGCUAACAUCAAGUAUUCAGGUCUAACUAAAGUAUUUAACAUUUUUAUGUAGAGACCAUAAAAAUUGUUCUCCAAGUUUCUUUGGAAAUCCCCUUUGGCUCAACGUUAGCUACGGUAGCAGCUAACAUUCACCUCUCUUAGUAUUCUCAGUACUUCCACAUUGCUCCAACUCCUGUCCCUCAUCGCUUCUUUUGUUUUCUAAAACUCAAAGUCCCGUUUAAAAGUGAUAAUAUUCAGAUUUAUGAGACUUUAUAAUCCCAGGAAGCAGCUUCUUUAUAAAGUCUGACAAACACAGCACAACAGCUACUUCCUGUAUUGUGCCAAAAUAAGAGUCUAAAAUUACUUUUAUUAUGUAAAACCUCAGUUCUUGGUCUAAUAAGAGUUUAAUUCACCAGUCACACUAAUGAGGCCGACUUCAGUUUAAUGAUUAAUGUGUUGUAAUUUCAGAAGAGCCUGCUGGAGCAGUCAGCAUCUGCCCACGAAUUCACCUGCUUCACAGCUUUAUUUGAAUUAAAUCCAAAUUAGGAGAGAUAAAAACAAACAUUUCAUCGGGUAUAUGAAAAAAAGGAGUUCAGUUAAGGUUUAAAGUGCUUUAACCUUUUGGUAAAACCAGGACGAAACAAAUCCUUCAACAUUCAGCCGAGUCCCUUUAAUAACCAGUUUUCAGUGUCGGGUUUGAGACGGUUUAGCUUAAAGCUACAAGCCGCCAGAAACAUCUGGCCCAACGGGACGGAGACAUUUUGAGAGGCAGAGAGUAUGGAUGGUGUUUUGGACAUGUCAUCUGACAGGAAACGGAGCGCCACCAGUUCCUUCUUCGUGGUUGUUGAUGACAAAUGGCCGCCCGAUUCCCUUCCCUUCGAGGUUUUUGUUAACUUGACACGUUCUGCUAGCCGGUGACCGUCCGUUUCACUUAGCGCUGUCCAAACCGCCGGAGUGAACCUCAAAUAUUCGAUCAGCCAUUUUCCCACAGUUCCUCACGGGACACGCAGGGAGCCGGGGACAAAAUGGCCGACCUGUCCAUUUUCUUUAUGAGUGAGAACAAUAAGAGGAGAGGCUGAUGGGUGCAGCCAAUGUAGCUCGGGGUGAAAUGUUUGGGACGUCAUUAUGCAUAAUGACGUCCCAAAUGUUUGGGACGUCAUUAUGCAAAUAAUUAAUAAAAAAAACAUGUUGAUUUGUACAGAUCAGAAAUCCCUCAUCAACUCCAACUGGAACCUGUGAGAACAAAAUACUGUAAAUUAAUAAAAAGUUUUACAUUCAAUUUUCACUUUGUUUUGCAGUCUUAAAGUAGAAAUAGUUCAAAGAGCUGGUGAAAUUAGAUUUUUUUGUUUUACGUUCGUUCACUCGUGUUUUUGAGUAUCCGAUGCAUUAGUGUCUGUUUUAAAAAAAGCCUGUUACACUCGACAGCGUUGCAUGGCUUCAUAGUCGCACUGCAAAAAACUAACAAAAAAGAAAAAAAAGAGCAAAGGAUCUCGCAUCACUCUGCUGGUAAAAAGCUGACUUUGGAAGCUUCAUUGAUACUGUAUGUUACCUGCAGAGGUGUUUCCCGUGUGCAGACAGAAGGACAAAAAUGAUCCUUUUUAAGAGACUUUUUCUUUUUCUUUAUUUUUAGCCUUUCUUGUAUUUGUUUCUGUAUCAUAACUGUCUGUUUUUUUGCAUAAAAUGCAUAAGGGUUUUGGGAUGUAAAUGGAAUUUUAUUCAUAUUUUGUCCAAAUACCUCUUGUAAUUUGUAUCAGAAUUCUUGUACAAUUUUUAUAUUAAAGAUUUAUCAGUCA